GCGCGGUGGACGCGGGGCCCCGGGGGCGGACGUGGCUUGGGCGUGAGGAGGGGCCUCGGCUUGGACCGCGGGGCACCGGGGCGCUGGGAGCGGGAGAGGCCCGGCCUAGGAGCCGAGAGGACUGGAGCGCUGCCGGUCUGCGAACCCGGGCGGUGGGGAGCGGCGCCGUGCUCCCCGGUCCUUCUCCGCUCCGCUCUCCCGCAGAACCGCGUUUUGGGGUCGGAGGUGCUGUCGGCCACCCGGGUGCUGCUGUCACAGGGAUGGGUGCCGCGUGUGAAUUCCGAGGCAAGUUGUUUAGGAAUUUGCCUUGAUCCAGGGCUAAACAGGCGCUGAGGCUGCUGCGUGGGGCCCUCCUCUUUAGUUUCUGUUUCAUGCCCAGGAUUCAACCAAGUAUCUCAUUUUGCCAAUCCGACUUCUGUAGGGGCCAUGACACCUGCCAGGCUUUUCUCAGCAAGAUCGAGGACCAUGUUUGAGGGCAUGGGGCACUGGGCUUCGUCCACGCAGGCUGGCCUCAAGCCCAGCCAGCCACCACCACGGCAGGUUUCUCCCAGGCUGCUCUCAGUCAGCUGUGCGGACCUCGUCAAGCAUCAGGAGCUCCCGGGAAAGAAGCCACUCUCUGAGAAAAAGCUGAAAAGGUGUUUUGUGGACUGUCGGAGAGUGCUUGUCUGUGGAGGAAACGGAGGCGCCGGGGCAAGCUGCUUCCACAGUGAGCCCCGCAAGGAGUUUGGAGGCCCUGAUGGAGGGGACGGAGGCAAUGGCGGGCAUGUCAUUCUGAGAGGAGCACAGUGUUUCCUGUCUGGGCACCUGACGUGCUGGCCGCGUGAGAGCAUGAGGCUGUGCGGUGGCUGCCGCGGGUGCUGCCAGGUGCUGGUGGUUUUCCCACUCACUUGGCACAAGCGCGACGUUGAUCAGCAAGUCAAGUCCCUAUCAUCGGUCCUGUCAAGGUACCAGGGUUUCAAUGGAGAAGAUGGCGGCAGUAAAAACUGCUUCGGGCGCAGUGGCGCUGUCCUCUACAUCCAGGUCCCCGUGGGCACGCUGGUGAAGGAGGGAAACAGAGUUGUGGCUGACCUGGCUCACCUGGGUGAUGAGUACAUUGCCGCACUGGGAGGGGCAGGAGGGAAAGGCAACCGCUUCUUCCUGGCCAACGACAACCGUGCCCCUGUGACCUGCACCCCUGGACAGCCAGGACAGCAGCGAGUUCUCCACCUGGAGCUGAAGACGGUGGCCCACGCUGGGAUGGUGGGAUUCCCCAAUGCCGGGAAAUCCUCACUUCUCCGGGCCCUUUCAAAUGCCAGACCUGCCGUGGCCUCCUACCCAUUCACCACCCUGAAGCCCCACGUCGGGAUCGUCCACUAUGAAGGCCACCAACAAAUAGCAGUGGCCGACAUCCCUGGCCUCAUACGAGGCGCCCACCAGAACAGGGGCCUGGGGUCCGCCUUCCUCAGGCACAUUGAGCGCUGCUGCUUUCUCUUGUUCGUGGUGGAUCUUUCUCUGCCUGAGCCGUGGACUCAAGUGGACGAUUUAAAAUACGAACUGGAGAUGUACGAAGAGGGCCUAUCUGAGAGGCCCCACGCAAUCGUCGCAAAUAAGAUUGACCUCCCUGAAGCCCAAGCCAAUCUGUCCCAGCUCCGGGAUCACAUGGGGCAGGAGGUCAUCGCACUGUCGGCGGUGACCGGUGAGAACCUGGAGCAGCUGCUGCUGCACCUAAAGGUGCUGUAUGACGCCUACAUGGAGGCCAAGCUGGGCCAGGGCUGCAAGCCGCUCAGGUGGUAGCUGCGGCAGAGCGGGUGACUUUUGGGCCUCUGGCCGAGCAAACCUGAGUGUGAACUCUGUGGCUUCGAAUGCAUAAAGAAAGUGCCUUGUGGA